UAAAUUCUAUGGGAUUUCUGGUCACUUCAAGUAGGAGAUACAAGAAAAAUGGAUAAAAGAUGGAGUCUUCAAGGUAUGACUGCUCUUGUCACCGGUGGCUCUAAAGGCAUCGGGGAAGCUGUGGUGGAGGAACUAUCCAUGUUAGGAGCAAGAGUCCACACAUGUGCCAGAGACGAAACUCAACUUCAAGAACGCUUACGUGAAUGGCAAGCAAAAGGGUUUCAUGUCACCACUUCUGUCUGCGACGUUUCGUCUCGUGACCAACGAGAGAAGCUCAUGGAAACUGUUUCCUCUGUCUUCCAAGGAAAACUCAACAUCCUCGUAAACAAUGCGGGAACGUUAAUGGUCAAGCCAAAUACAGAGGUUACAGCAGAAGACUAUUCGUUUAUGAUGGCUACAAAUCUCGAGUCGGGUUUUCAUAUCUCACAGCUGGCUCAUCCUUUGUUAAAAGCUUCAAGUUUAGGGAGCAUCGUGUUCAUGUCCUCUGUUGCUGGAGUUGUGCAUAUCGGUUCAUCCAUCUAUGGAGCAACUAAAGGAGCUAUGAAUCAGUUAGGAAGAAACUUAGCAUGCGAGUGGGCAAGUGACAACAUAAGGGUUAACUCUGUGUGUCCAUGGGUCAUAGCAACUCCAUUGGUUAAGGAAAUUCUCGGUGAUAAAGUGAUUAUGAAACAAGUGGAGAGUAGGCCACCGAUGGGGCGUGUUGGAGAGCCAAAUGAAGUAUCAUCACUUGUGGCAUUUCUUUGUCUUCCUGCAGCUUCUUAUAUCACAGGUCAAACCAUUUGUGUUGAUGGAGGUUUCACUAUUAACGGUUUCUCUUACAAACCAAAGGCUUGAACUAGGUCGUGUCUUGUGUGUGUUGUGAUUUAUAUUCUUUGAAUUUAAUGAGCAUCUUUAUUAGUUGCCUUAA